AUGCAAGUAAUUAACGUACAAACUGGAACUGACAAUGGUGACGCCUCGAAAAGUGAUGUGAAAAGUACUAAAAGUGAUAGUGCACAAACAAAAAAUAGUGACGUGAAAAAAAUGAAGUACAUUUUACAGUGGACUUCGGCUCAAAACGUGCCUUUCGUAUACAUGGGAGUUGGUCAAGAGGGCUUCACGAGUCGCAAAUGUCCCUUUACUAACUGCAUUGUCACUCCGGACAAAAAUUACCUCAGUGACAUCACCAAAUUCGACGUGAUCGCUUUCUCAGGACCUGAGGUUAUAAGACUUCAGAAUAAAAACCUGCCGCAAGUAAGGUCGGAAAAGCAAAAGUACGUUUUCGCUUCCAUAGAAUCGUCUCACUACUAUCCCAUAUGCUCCAACAGUUUAGAUGGCUUUUUUAACUGGACAUGGACAUUCAGGCUCGAUUCCGAGGUGCGAUGGGGUUAUAUGUUGAUAAAAGACUCUAAUAACAACACUAUAGGUCCGAAGAAAAUCAUGCAUUGGAUGAAAGUCGAAGAAAUGGACCGUGUAAAUGAUGAGUUCAAAGAUAAGUUAAGAACUAAGACAAAAGCAGCCGCUUGGUUUGUGUCCAACUGUUUUGAUAAAUCGGGAAGAAUGGAUUUGGCAAUACAUUUGAAAAGAGAACUCAAAAAAUAUGAUUUAGAACUUGACAUAUACGGUGCCUGUGGCACUUUAACAUGCUCUAGAGAUAAGCAAGAUUACUGUCAUAAAAUGCUUGAUAAAACCUACUAUUUUUAUUUGUCAUUUGAGAACUCAUUCAGUGAGGAUUAUGUUACUGAAAAACUGUUACACGCAUUACAAAAUAAUGUUGUUCCCGUUGUCUACGGAGGUGCAAAUUACACAAGGUAAGUUUACAUAACUUUCAAUAUAAACAACUGGUAGUUUGAAUAUAUUUGUGCUGCAAAAUAUUUAAAAAGAUUCAUUAAAAUUUAUGUAAGUACAUGCCAGCUAGAGUUCAUGAAUUUACGAGUAAUGGUUAUUACUUCAUUAUAAAAUCUAAAGGUAUUGAAUGUACGUUGUAGGUCUGAAAUGAUAUAGUCAGUGACUAAAUGCACAAAACAUAUAACUUUGCUUCAGCAUUGUUAAGAAAGGACCACUCUUCAUCCAUAUCAAACCUUGCCGAGACAAGGGAUAAAGUCCCCCAGCAGUGGAAAAGUGACUUACAGGGUCCCACUUAAUGGAAUGCAAUUCUUGAAAAAUAUUUUGACAAGAAAAAAAAGGCCCUUAGGAAUGCCCUCGUCUUUCAAGCUUUCAUGGGUACUAUUGGGUACCUUUCCAAUUACAUAACGUUAUUCAGUUUUAUUCUGUUCAUUUCACAUAACUGUCUCUUAACAUAAUAACAUUUUGCUAGUUUUGUUUUAUUAUUAGUGUUUAAUCGUUUUUUUUU